AUCGAACGUCCCCGAGCGCACACGGCGUAAAGGAGAGUCUGUGGAAGGGACAUAACGGUUUUCUUUUCGGGCCCCCCUCUCCACUCAGACAACAAGAACCAACAAAAACCUGAAUUUUAGAGGGGCUUACACAAUCUUCUUCUGCUCUAAAGGAGGAGGGAAGCGAGGGAUUGAAGCAGCAAGUUCUUUUUUUCUUUUUCAUUUUUUUUCUCUUUUUCUUAAAAGAGGAUUUUGUGUUUUCACGGUGGUUCGCUCUUCGCUCUCGCCGCAAAGAUGAUGGUCGGAGAGGUCGAAGUGAAGGAGCGACCGAGGCCGAGUCCGGACUAUUUGAUGCAAUUAUUAAACGAAAAGAAGCUUAUGACCAGUUUGCCAAAUCUCUGCGGGAUCUUCACGCACCUGGAGCGGCUUCUGGAUGAAGAGAUCAACAGAGUGCGUAAAGAUAUGUACAGCGACACAGUGAACGGCCUUGUGGACAGACACCCGCUGGAGCUGCCCGAACCCAUCGGACCCAUCGUUCACCUGCAGGAGAAACUGUUUGUGCCUGUCAAAGAGUACCCAGACUAUAACUUUGUGGGAAGAAUCCUCGGUCCCCGGGGACUCACUGCCAAACAGCUGGAAGCAGAGACGGGAUGCAAAAUCAUGGUGCGAGGAAAGAGCUCCAUGAGAGACAAGAAGAAGGAGGAGCAGAACAGAGGGAAGCCAAACUGGGAACACCUAAAUGAAGACCUUCACGUCCUAAUCACAGUUGAAGACACACAAAACAGAGCAGAGAUCAAGAUGAGGAGAGCGGUAGAGGAAGUCAAGAAGCUCCUCGUACCUGCUGCUGAGGGUGAAGACAAUUUGAAGAAGAUGCAGCUGAUGGAGCUGGCUAUUCUCAACGGGACAUACAGAGACAACAAUGUCAAAACACCCCCCCUUGCGUUCUCUCUUGCAGCAGCGGCGGCGGCCGCUCAGGGCCCCCGCCUCAUAGCGGCCCCCGCGGGUCAGGUGUUGCCUCCGUCGGCACUCCGGCCCCCAACGCCGGCCGGGGCCCCCAUCAUGAACCUCAUUCGGCCCACUCAGAUGGCCGCUAUGCUGCCCAAUGGCACCCCCACCUUGGUGCCUCCCACACCAGACGGCGGACUAAUCUACACCACCCCUUAUGAGUACCCCUACGCCUUGGCACCCACCUCGCUGCUGGAGUACCCCAUCGAGCACAGUGGGGUUCUAGGUAAGAGAGCCUGGGGGAGCUUGGGUGCAGCGGGUACAGCGGCCAACUUUAGCCAGCCUGGACAGGAGGGCAGCUUGUUUUACCCCGGAGUCGGGGUGCUGGACGCAGCUGCCAUGAGCCACAGUCAGGACUUGUUGAAAGGUGCAAUGGCUACUAAAGUGAGACGGCAUGACACGCGGGUCCAUCCUUACCAAAGGAUUGUGACCGCUGACAGAGCCGCCACCGGCAACUAACACAUGACCUUCUGACCUCUGAACUCUUCACCCAAUGACGAGCCGCCCCAAGCCUGCCUGCUGAUCAGUUAACUGGUAAUUGCCUUUUGCUAGCCUCUCGGACGCAAGUGGCAGAGAGAGAGGCGCCUGCCCGUACAGUUACCCUAACACGUUCUGACAAAAAGAUGCAGACUCUUCACUGAAACACAACAAAAAACCCAACACAGCUGUGGAUUAUUCAUUUUAUUUUUUUUCCUCUGUUCAUUAGUUCAGUUCCCAUUCGUUCUCUUUCUUUUUCCUCAUGAAUCACGCACCGGGCGGAUCUGUUUGUGCUAUUACUCAUGAAUCUGCACUGAAUUAUAAAGCAAUAAAGAACCCCCGAUCCCACCCGCCUUUAAUUACUCUGAUUAGGUGACCUCACUCGCUCUCCAUCUCCAGUCUGAGACGCAGACCGUUUUGGUUUUGGAGGGAUCGCCCACAAAUUGCCCCAGACUUUCCUUUAGCAACGCCCCACCUGCCCCACCUGCCCCUCAGACCCCCGUCUGCCGCAGCGGAGAAAGAAACAGAAGGAACGGGAACGUUCACUUGCAUUAACGUGUUUAAUUUCUGUCAUUUUUUUUACCAAACCCCCCCCAACAUGUAUUUCAGUUGUUGAGCUUGUAAUUAUGAGCUGACACAUUCUGGGUGUGCCCCUCUUAAUGGCUUUCUGUCUGUUUAUUUUUUUAAAGCAUGGCUAAAAUGAUUGCAAAAAGAGCUUUUUUUAUGAUUUAUGUUUUUUUUCCUGUCUUGAUUUAAUGCUUUUCUUUUUUUUUUUUUCACUUUUAUUGUGUUUAAUUUUUCAGUUCUGAUUGAACUAAUUAGCUUCAGAUACUGAAACAAAGCAGGUGGUUAUCUCUGGAAGUCAGAACAGAGUUUUAGCGUUUGAGGCUGAAAACGAAAGGCGUGAUGGGAGGGGCUAGCUUGGGUUGAUGGGUCUGUCUGUGUGAGUGUGUGUGAGUGUGUGUUUUUGAUUAAUACUAAAACAAAAGUGGGGUGAGGCUUCGGGGACGUGGGCCCCAUCCACACUACAUCCACUAUCCAGUGCCUGAUGUAUUUAGAAGAAUAUCUCGAUGAGUUAGCUGAGCUGUGAUCACAAAGAUUAAAACAAAAAAAAAAGUAUUGUGUGCGUAUUUAGCCAAAGGGUUUUCAGUGACUAAUAUAUCUGCAGUUAUGCAUCUGCUUGGCAGAGGGCUCUCUUUGUGAUUUUUAGUUUGGGUGCCUGCCUUCAGCUGGAACAGGAGUUUUACCCCAUCCCGCUCAGUUUUAUUUGUUCUUAUUUUCCUGAGGUCAAAACAGGCAAUUAACACUAAAAUUACAUGCUACUCGAUUAUAGUGAAGUGCCAGGGGAAAAGACACUCAUGACAAGCAAGAGGUUUAUUGUUUUGGUUUGUUGUUUGGUUUUUUUUGGCCCAUUUUUGCAGAUUUAUUCCCACUACAGUGGAUUUGUUUUCUCCUUUUUUUCCGUUUAGUUUUCAUUUUUGUCCUCUGUGUUAUGUGUGUGUAAGUUGGGGCAUGAGGUCGACAUAAUCCUGACCUUUCUGCAUAUUAUUCUUUUAAUUAUUUUACUAAUGAAACCUAACAUAUGCCAAACCAUCCAUAAGUGCAUCCACAAUGUGUCACACCUCCCUCUGAUGGUAGUCCAGCUUCUGAGCCCACGAUCCUUUGUUUAAAUCUCAAGAAAAAAUAGGAUGUGAAAGCCAUGCCUGCCUGUUCAAAUUGCUUUAUACAUACGUCUUAUAUAUAUAUAUCUAUAAAUAUAUAUAAAUAUAUAAAAAUGUAGAUAUCUGUCAAUGCAUAUAAAAAUACAGAUGAGAACAAAAACAUAGAUAAUUUUACAGGGUGCUGGAGAUGAGAAAAAAAAUCAAUCUAUUUUUGGCAAUUUUAGCUUUUGAUACUUUACUUGCAGUUAUAAAAUAAUAAUAAUAAAAAAAUUAAGAAAAAAUGUUUCCGAUGGAGGAAAACUGAAGGCGAGUGGGUGAGAAAAAGUUGCCUGGAAUCUAAUUGGAGAAAGGAAAGACUGAAGCAGUCAGAACCAUGAGAGGAUCAAAUCAAAGUGCCUUAUCAACAGUGGUUUCUGUUUUUUAGUAUCCAGUUGUGUUUUAAAAUAAAACGAAUUAAAGGAAAAAAAAAAAAAAAAAGGAUAUCCAGCACCCACCAAGAUGGCGCAGAGAGGAACGGCAAGUGUUACACGCUCGGAAAAAGACGAGCUGGGCCUCCGCCGCCGCACCGCGGCGCCGCCCGAGUUACUCUAUGCAAAAAGAAUAGCAGUCGUUUUGACCAGCUAAAAUAUGUGCCAUGGUUUUUGUCUUCCUGAAAAUGAUUUUAAGUUUUCCUUUUCCUUCACUUGAUGGCCCUUUACUCUGCUGUACGAGCAGAUCUCGUCUUUUAAUUUUGAUUUUAUUGAUGAUAUGAAUUAUUGUCUUAUUUUAUUUUAUUUUUUUGGUUUUACUUUGUAUCUUGAACAAAUUGAACUGCCAUUAGCAACCAAGUAGUCUGCCACGAGACGCUCUGAUGAUGAGCAGCGUUCAGGGAGCCGAACGGGGAAGUGUUUGUUUGAACAGCGUCAUCCGGUCCACAUAUCUCCGUGUCAAUUUGACAACAAACUAUCAGUACAGUAAUGAGAUUUCUAAUGGACAAAGGAAGCGCUGGGUAAUGAAACAAGCACCUGCUUCACAGUCAGAUAGUUUCCAGUUAUUGAAACGACUGACAGCUUAUUGCUGAAAGGUGAAAAAAAAACAAAAAUGAAAUAGAGAAAUUCUGGGAUCCAACAGAGCCGUCGGCAGUCUGUUUUCUCUCUCGCUGAUACACCAAAAGGUCAAUGAAUUAUGAUUUUCUUUUUUGUUUUCUACUUCAGUGUUAUUAUUUUAAAUUGAAAUGCAAUAUUAACGUGGAGAAAGAUGAUGGCAAAUCAGCAUCUGACAGUAUUAAGAAAAUCCCCUCUGCAAUGUUCCACCAUGCUGUGUCAUUGUGAAAGGCUGGAUAAGUCCAUCAGGUGAAAGGUUGACUCUAUACCUACCGUAUUCUCUCUGGCCUGCCUACUACAUGUAUGAUAAUGUAAUUAACAGCCAUUGUUACAGGUUUAUAAUGUAUUUUUCUAAUCUCAUUUUAUAUGUAUAUUAAUCAUGUUUCUGAGUGUUUUUUUUUUUCUUAAUUUUUAUGAGCUCCCCCUGCCCUCCCACCACCUCUUCUCCAUCUCAACCUGUCUCCUGUGGGGAGUUUUGCCUUCUUCUCUGUUAGAUUUUUGUUUUUCUUGCCGACUCCCAGCUUGUUUAACUCAUUAGCGACUUUAUUAGUUUCCUUGUCAUAAGUAUUUUUACAUGCUUGCAUUUAGUUUUCAUGGUGUAUGCUGUUAUUUUUCUUAUUAACCUCUUGGCAUUUAUUUUAAUAAACAUUCUUAGUAAGAAUUUUACUAACUUGCUGAUAUUUUGUCUUGUGUUUUUAACCUGUUUCAUGAAUGUUAUUACCCUGGUCUGGUUCACGGACUAACACGAUUAAAACCAGCGUAUGGCCACGACUUUUACUCACCAACACACACACACACACACAACCUAACUCAGGGGUGUCCAAAGUGAGGCUCGAGGGCCAUUUGUGGCUCUUGGCUGAUUUUGUUCAAGAGCAAUACAAACUUUGUCUGUCGACGCUGCAAAAAAUACUUGGUAAGAUUUAGUGUUUUUGCAGUGCAGCACAGGUGGUUGAUGCAGGAGAUAUUUAAUUUGUAAUCAGGGUAAAAUUAUUACCAACAUAAUUUUCUCACAAUGCAAAAUGUUAAAUGCAGCACCAAGUAUUAGUCUUUUUAUAACUAAACUUUUUUAGAACUAAACAAAUUCAACUUUUACUGAAAAGUUGACUUUGCUGCACCCAAAUCAGCUUUUAUUUUACUUAUAAAACUUGAUCUACAAGCUGGGAAUAAACUUGUUGAAGUGAAGCGAAAAUAAGUUGAAAACUAGAUUCCCUUCUUUUUUAAUACAUCAAACAUGAACAAUUUAAAGUUUUUGACUGUGAUUUUGUCAAAGGUGACAAAACAUUUGGACACCCCUGACCUCAGAGGCGAGCGCACGGUUCGGUGGGAGGGUGGUCACUGCUGCUGCCACGCUGUCUGCUCGGUUCCAGCACUGCUGCUGCGUCCAGACGAAUCUUAGUCUCCUGUCCUUCUGCGUCACUGAGCCCUGCAGGAAAUGAAGGAGAGCGUAAGCUGCAUGCUUUUAUAUCGGGGUCUGCGGUGAGUCGGGUUGCUCUUAAAAAGCUGCAUAAUGUGGAUCUCAAAAGUGGCAAAUUGUUUGAUUUUGGUGACUUUUCUGAAUCAUCGCAAAGUUUUCCACUUUUAAUGUGACUGAUGUUCUGUACAGUUUAGCUGAAAAUAGGCUAAUCUGGCUCUGAGGACAUACCAGAACCACAACUGAUUGGUUUCUUCCUGAAAACCAUUUUUCCAUCGCAGCAUGACUAAAAGCUGAUUUUAUGAUCUGAUUAAUCUAAAAUUGAAUCUUUGGGCCACAUUUCUAAUAUUUCCUCCAAAAAACUAAACCAAGCAUCACAAAAUGAAUAUUAUUCAGACAGUGAAGCAUGGUGGUGGUGGCAUCAUGAUUAGGGGUUACAUUUUUUCCAAGCAAGUCAUUUUUGACCCUAAACCCUUCAGGUGUUUGCUACAAAGUUGAAGAUGAAGAGGAAUUUUAUAUUUCAGGCUGGCAUCGAGUCCAAACUAAAAAAAAAAAAAAAAGCUGAAUCUAAAUGUUGUGCCACCUACAGAGGAGGACUGAAUGCUCCUUUUAAAUAGUUUAAACCAUUUCUUUUCAGCUAAGUUGUUCAGGAUAUUUAUCUUAUUAAAUGCAGUAAAACUUUUCCUGGCUCUUGUUAUUUUCCGCCAUAAAAGCGGCGCCUUUUCUAACUGGGACGUGUCCACUUUUAAGAGCCGCUCUAAUCCCUGAAGAUGAAGCUUUUCUCCUGCCAUUAGUUACUGCAGCACUCAUCACAAUCUGUUCAAAAAAAUACUUCACAUUAGUCAUCUCAGAGGGAUUAAAGUUACUGUGGGCAGAAAGCCUCAUCAGCACACAUUUAUGAAAAAAAAAGGGAGUUAUUUACAGCUGACACUCUGAGCAGAUUUAUGGAAGACGGUCUAAAGCCGGUCGGCCAUUUUUGUUGUUCCCGCGGGGACGGCGGCGUUGCGGUUAUCUCCAGCUGUUGUCUGUUCGACGAGCACUUCUCCCCGUUCAGCUUAUUGAUGGAGCAACUACCGCUGGGCCAUUUGGGAGCAUCUAUGCUGCUUAGACACACACCAGUGCACCGUGCCAAUAUGAAGUACUCUGGGAUCAAAACAAGCUCAGUGUUUCAGACUUUCAGUGGAAAAUGUUUGGCCGCCUCUUAUUGUUUUUCUGGUAGUUUUAUUUCUUUUUUUUUUUUUUUUCCCCCAUUUGAAGCGCCGCCAGUGCUGCUUGUUCAUUUCCCCUCCCUGGGUUCACUCAGCUUUGCUCCUCUUUCCACUAAUUCGGGGUAUUGAUACCGACUCAACCGAACGAUUAACGAUAUUAAUCCUGAUUCCUUAACACAACAAACGGCACUUCCGGAGUUAUUUUUGUUUUACACUCUUUUCUACCCCUUUCUUUUCUCCCCCACUUCACUGCAGAAAUAACCUUGCCAUUAAACGCGGUGAUUCCUUUUUAUGUCUCAGCAAGAAGGAAACAACAGAAACAUCAGAGCUAACAUCUCUCCUCUCUGAAAUUAACAUUCAGAUUGUUGCUUUGAUCUGAAGACGGAUCAGCUGCUUUAAAACUUGCAGGCAGAGGCAGAGAUGUGAUUACAGGCAGCAGAAUUAUGUUUUCUUUUUUUUUUUUAUGAGUGUUGGGUUGUCAGACUUACUCGUCUCUGAUUGGUUUUUAGUGUUUUUCCUCUCCCGUACGACAUCAAGCGACUUCAGCUCAAAUCCGUCCAUUUUGUUCAGAUCAGAGAGAAUUUCUGAUUUUUGUGAAGCACAUACAGAUGCAUCUCGGUAAAUUAGAAUAUUAUAGGAAGAAUUGAUUAUUUCAGUAAAGGGAAAUUCAUAUUUAAUAUAGAUUAGACACAAAGGGACACAUGUCAACCAUUUAAUUGUGCUGAUGGUUACAGCAGAAGAAAAGUAAACUCCUGUGCUGGCUUGAUGAAACCCAGUGGACUCCAACUCUGAGCCUCUGCACUCUUCAUUCAGACUCUCAGACUUUACGUUUUGAAUUAAACCCUAAAUCUAAUUAAACAAAUUCAGUCAAAGUCCUUGUGAAUAUCCUGUUUUUCCUUCCACUAAAUGUUCUAUCAAUAUACUUGGAUAUCCACUCUGCACUCAGUCAACAUAUUUGGAAACGGCCUGUUCUGACUCAUUCUAGACCAAAAUACUUGGUAAUAUUUUAUAUUUUUGCAGCGUGCUGUUGCCUGUGAUCUAGCAAAGGUUUUCCUUCCACUGAACUUUCCAAUAAGUCCAAGCCAGCAUUCUUCUUCAUUCUCGUCGGCCAAUGCUUUUCUACCUUAAAAAUACUUUUUAUAGUGAUCCUGCUGUAAUCCAUAAUCAUCAAAAUUAAAAGCUUGAAAUAAAUCUGUUUUUAAUCUAUACAAUAUGUGAAUUUCCCCUUGAAUUGCUGAAAUAAAUAAUUCUUUCAGUCGUAUUUUAAUUGCGCUUUGUAUUAAAAUCACUGCCUAAAGUGUUUCAGUUAGUCUGUAGAAGUGCCUUUUUCUCUCAGAUUUGGAAAAUAUAUAUUUUUGUACCUUUUUAUUAUUAAUGAGCUAAUUUUUGUCUUUCCCUUUAUCUGAUAAAAAAUGUUUCAGGGUAAUGUGUAAAUAUAUUUUAAACUGGAAGGCUUUCCACCAUUAAACGUUGAGUUCCUGUUUUCUGUUUGCACCGCUGAUGAAGUUCUUCUUCUUUUUCUUUUUCUCCUUCUUCUUUUUCUUCUUUUUCUUUUUCUUUUUCUUCUUUUCCUUUUUUUUCUUCUUCUCCUUCUUCUUCUUCUUCUUCUUCUUCUGACUGGACCACAGUGUGCAGCAAACGGCCGUUCGCACACUGCUGCCAUCUCAGUUCUUUUCGGGGCAUUUAAAUGUGUUCACCUACCAACAGUCGUUGACUUUUCCUUCUGUUUGACAAACAUUCCUCUGUUCAGUCAGACUGCAGGUUGACCCUUCUGGGUGGUUAAACAGUAAGAGCUUCAACAGUUUUAUCCCCACUGGAUUUUACUUUGUCUCGUUUUCAUAACUGUGAUGCGUAUGCAGUUAAAAGUAUUAAAAGUUUUUCAGAAACCUAUGCUAGCGUGACUGUAAACUGCUAGUUCAUUAUUCAUAUAGUGGUGCACUAAUACCUGGGAAUAAUGUUUGAGUUUUUAUGUGAAGUAGACUUUAUUUGUGUGUGUUUUCUUUUGUUAUUGAAGGUAAUAAAUUCAGAGGUUGUUGAACAUGUAUUGCCACUUUUUGUUGCCCACUUUCCCUCCAAAAAAAAA